CGGAACAAUAGCCCUCCCUAGUGGCUGGUAGACCCCACCCCCACCCCGUUGAUGUCGGGGGUAGGCAGGGAAACAGGUUCAACCGUCAGCCCCGUUGUGAACGGACGUGGGUCCAUUAUUUCUGUCCUUUUAUACAUACAUUAUCCACCGUGAGAGCGACUCAACAUCGUUGAAACGCCAGAAGCUGUUUGCUUAAUUGAAAAGGAACGGACUCUCCCAUCAAUUAGACGGCACCGGCUUUUUGUUCCCGUCUGACAUGGCGAUCGCACACGUAGCCACCGAGUAUGUCUUUUCCGACUUUUUGUUAAAGGACCCGACAGAGACCAAGUACAAAGGCAUCCGUCUCGAGUUGGCUGUGGACAAAAUAGUCACGUUUCUGGCGGUGGGACUGCCUUUGUUCCUCAUCUCGCUCGCCUUUGCUCAGGAGGUCUCAGUGGGCACCCAGAUCAGCUGCUUUCCUCCCACUAACUUUUCCUGGAGACAGGCUGGAUACGUGGACUCUUUUUGUUGGGCAGCAGUGCAGCAGCAAGCAGACAGCUCACCACUGUGGCUACACAAGUUCUUCCCAUACAUCCUGCUCUUACUGGCCAUCCUCAUGUACAUCCCCGCCUUGUUCUGGCGCUUCACAGCAGCUCCGCACCUCUCCUCUGACCUCAGCUUCAUCAUGGAUGAGCUAGACCGCUUUUAUAAUCGUGCCAUCAGACUAGCCAAGAAUUUAUACUCUUUAGAUAGCAAGGAUGCACCCGAAGGCACACAGAGUGCUUUGGACCUGACUGAAGGCUGCUUUAAAUACCCUUUAGUGGAGCAGUAUUUAAAGACCAAGCGCUUCUCUCACAGACUUGUGGUCAAGUACCUGGCAUGUCGGGGACUGACUCUGCUGAUCCUCCUGCUUGCAUGUAUCUACCUUGGCUAUUACAUCCUGCUAGCUUCUCUCACGGAUGAGUUUCCGUGUGACCUGCGGACAGGAGUGCUGAAGAACGACAGCAUGGUGCCGUCUCCUGUUCAGUGUAAGCUUGUUGCAGUGGGUGUCUUCAGGCUUCUCAGCUAUAUCAACCUGGGAGUGUAUGUGAUUCUUGCUCCAUUAGUGGUGUAUGCUGCUCUUGGGCCAGCACGUCAAAGCUCCAGCUUCCUUCGGCCUUAUGAGAUGCUGCCAGGAUUUGGUGCUCUGGGUCUGGUCACCCCCGUCUACAAUGACCUCAGUAUCUAUCUGCUGUUUCUGCAUGAGAACCUGAGUGCCCUUAAGUCCUUUAAGUGUCUGCAGGUGCUUGAGUUGUUGCAAGAGGCUGAUGAUGAGGGGUUUGACACCAUGUGUCUACUGCGAUCUCUGGGGCAGGUGAAGACUGAUGUUUUAGACAGUAAGAAGACAUGCUCUCACAAGGACAACAAAGAAACAGAUAAGGCUGAAGAAUAGUUACUCUCAUUGCCUUGUUACUUCUGAUGAGAUGACCUGAUGAGGAUAAACCCUGAUCUGAUGGAAGAGAUGCACUGAGAUGAUCUCCUUUGCACUUGUUUUUAUUGGAGUUGUUGUAGCGUGUUAACCUACAAACCUGUAGUUUGACCAAUUCACAGUUUACCUUACCUUCUUACUUUAAUGCAUGGAAAUACUCCAGAGAUAAGUGGAGCAGGUAUCGCAAUUUUUUCUACAUAGGAUUUCCUAGUUUUUCUUUUUGUUUUUAUACACAUAUCUUUGCUCAGGAUCCAAAUUGCCUUUAAAUCAAAGUGAGCCAUGUUCUUUGGACAGCUGCUUCCUACAUUUUAUUAUAGAAUGAGGGAAGCUUCUUACCACUUUGUUUUUAUUCGUUUACAUGUGUAAUUAUUGAAAAUAAGUCACAAUAAAUUAAGACCUCUUGGUAUUAUAAAAACUGGAACUUUUGUUUGUGUUGUAAAACAUUUUUGUCUUCAAAUGUGUAGUUAUCAGCACUGGCAUACUGUAUAUGAUGUACUUUGGUUUGCACUCACUAAAAUUAAAAUAUGACCUAAACUGUCCAAA